UUUUCAAAACAAUUUACAAUGUGGCGUCCAGUUGUUACUUCAAUGCAACGUGCUUCUACUCGAGGGUUCAGUUUUGCUUCUGCUAAGACUCCUGCUUUGACCAAAUUUAUUCCAUUGCAACAAAAUAUUGCUAAACAAUAUUUUUCGACUUCCCCAAUAAGAUUCUCUUCUGUUGCAAAGGAGCUUCAGGAUGUUCUUCAUGACGAAAUUAAUGCAGAGAAGACUGCGGAAGAGGAGAAUUUGGGAGGUAAAACGACACCUUCGGUUCAGGGUUUUGAAAUUGGAAUGAAUGACGCUGAGUUUCGACUUACGAAGACAUAUGGGAAUGAAAAAAUUGUGGUUUAUUGUAAUAUUAAUCACAGUGUUGAGGAUGAGGAGCAUUUUGACGAUGAUAAUGUUCCCAGUAGUGUAGCUGAUGAUAUCGAGGAGAAUGUUCCGGUUUCGCUUCCACCAUUUCAUAUCGAGAUAACAAAAGGCAAUCUUCGUCUUGUUUUCUUAUGUCAAAUGGUGAAGGAUAUUGAAGGAGGAUAUGAUUACAGCGUUGAUGAGUUUAUGAUUGCUCCGGCUACAAAAGGUGACAAAUAUGUGGAUGUUCCUGAUGAAGUUUAUUCUUCUUCUGGUCAAUACAUUGACGAGCAACUUCAUGUGCUGCUUUUUGUUCGUUAUCUUGAAGAACGUGGACUUAAUUCGCAGUUCUGUCAUGAAUUCGUUAAAUUAGCAACUCAUUAUGAGCAUCAGCAAUACGUUAAUUUGCUCGAGAAGCUUAAAAAAUUUGUUGAACAGUAA